AAAAAGCACCAGUCGAAGAUGUAUCAAUUGUUGUGGAUUUUCCUCCAAGCUGCAAGCAGUGCCGCUACUCUGGUAAACCGCUCACCAGAGCUUCAAGUAGUAACCUCCAGCGGCAUCGUGAGCGGGAUAUAUAACAACACAGUCCAAACAGUCUGGGGAUUUAUAGGAAUACCAUACGUCGAGCCCCCAGUAGGACGCCUGCGCUUUGCACCAGCACAAUCCAAGCCCCCAGCCAGACAUCCGAUCGAUGCAUCCUCCUUCAGCGAUCCAUGUCCACAGGUUUACACAUACUCCAAUGAAUCAAUCUGGAGCAUUCUUCCAUACAAGAUAUGGAAUCCAGCCAACAUGUCCGAAGACUGUCUUUAUAUUAACAUCUGGACGCCUUCUUCCAAACAUCAGGGUAAGAGGGCGCGAAACGCGGCAGUAAUGAUAUUCAUCCAUGGGGGAGGGUACGGCUCUGGUUCUGGAUCGGUGGCUUUUUACGAUGGAACAAAUUUGGUACAGGACAAUGAGGAUAUCAUUGUUGUCACUUUCAAACCAGGGAGUUAUCGGCUCAACGUCUUUGGAUUUCCUAAUGCACCUGGUCUGGAUCCUCUGAAGCAGAAUCUAGGAUUAAUGGAUCAGUUAGCGACUGGCGGUCGAAUGGGUCCAUAA